AUGUUGAAGAGCUCAGUUAAGGUCAUGACAGUGAAUUGCAAUACCCACCCAGAGCUGAGCAAGGGAGCCAGGAAAUUUGUGUUUUUCAACAUUCCUCAGAUUCAGUACAAAAAUCCUUGGGUGCAAAUAGGGAUGUUCAAGAACAUGGCACCAUUGCCGUUUCUACACUUUUAUUUAGAUUCUGGUGAACAGGUCUUGGUGGAAGUAGAGGACAAGAGCAACAAAGAGAUCAUGCAGGAUAUCAGAAAGAUCUUGGGGAAAAAUGAUGAAGUCCUCACGAUGGAGGAGCAAGAGAAAAAGAAGCUCUCUCACCCAGCUAACUGGACUCAAAAAAUAUUGUCUGUUGGAAAGUAUCUGUGA